AUGAAUAUCGAGCAAAACAGCAGCUCAAUGUUGGAAGAUAACACAUCCGAGAAUAACCAGCAAAACAAUCGAAAUAUACACAAAAGAAUCAAAGAAAGUGAUGACUCAUUCGAAUGUGAGCAUCGUGAUUCAUCCGAUUAUCUAAUGCGAGCGAAAAAUAGUACUACACGGUACUUCAACAACAGCACGUAUCGGAAUACAACGGCAAAUGCGAUUCCACGUACGCCACAAAUAUCAAAUGAAGUCGUACCGCGAUCUACUUUUCCACCAUUUCGUCUUUCGUUCAAUGAGAAUAAAUUGCCGUCGGAGUUGUCGAUCAUCAAAGAUAUAAAUCGUCAAUGUCGCAUUAGUCUUUCAUUCGGUCGUUACUCGUCGUUCGGUAAGAAAAAUAGUUUUCUAAUUUAUGCUAACUCAGCGGAUCAAUACGAUCGUCUCAUGACUAAAAGUAUUUGGCCUACGAUGAUAUGUGAUCUGAAUUAUGUUCUUGAUUUACCAUCCAAAAUACCUACAUCUUAUUCGAUUGUCAUGUUGAACGUCCCGGUUCAAUGGAACAUCGAAGAAUUAGAAAAUGACGUUAAGAAACAAUACUCUACAAUAGUCAAAGUUGAACGUUUCUACGUGAAAGGUGGAAAACCUAUAUCGAAAGUACGUAUUGAUUUCUCUUCAAGUGAAGAGUUAAAGUCAAUCAUAAAAAAUAAAUCAAUUCUACUCGACGAUGCAAAUACUUCGUAUAAAAUCGAACCAUACAUACCACCGACAAAAAUUCUUCGUUGCUACAACUGUCAACAGUAUAACGAUCACACAGCGAUCAACUGUCCGAAUAAAGACAAACCGAUUUGCUUUAGAUGUGGUCUCAACCAUCCGUAUAAUUCCAAUUGUCAAAACAAAAUUUGCUGUGCUCAUUGUCGCCAAGAACAUAUGGCUGGCAACCCCAGUUGCCCAAAUAAAAUAGAAGAAAGAAACAAACGCAAUGAAGAAUUGAAACUGAAGAAUGCACAUCUACAAUUCCAACAACAACAACAAAAGUCUUUACCAUCUGUAUGGACCGAAAAAUCGUAUGAACAUCUCACAUCCAUAUAUUCGCCGAAUACGGAAACGAUAAAUGCAAACGAAAAAGCUAACAUGAUAACAAUAGCCGAUAUCUCAAUGAAGCUCGAUAUUCUUAUGACGAAGGUCGAUGAAAUAUCGAUUAAACAAUUGAAAACAAAUAAAAUUGUUGAAAAGUUACACUGUACCAUCUAUUCAUGUCGUCAAGAAAUUGACCAAAUUCGAGAUUUCGUUUUUGAUACAAUUUCACCAUAUCUACGUGAACUUGGUGAUUCGUUUUUUAUCAAAUGUAAAACAGCAGAAAAGGAUCGAUUACGUACGUUACAUACAAGUUUCAAAGAGAAACUCGAAGAUCAUAAUAAAACGAUAGUCGUUGUGGCUCAAUCAAAUACUGCUAGUAAUACAGCAUUAAAUGAACUCAACUGCUAA